AUGACUCAAGCCGCUGAGGAAACCAGAAAAAUAAGGAAGUAUCUGAUUUUAUUGAGGAACAGGGUGAGUAGCGAAAGUGAAAAUCGCUUUAUCCCAGCACGGACGCCGUGUCCACACCCCAAUGACCCCGGGCUGAGCUGGCUGUCCCCCACGAGAAGCCGCCGCCGCUUCGGAGAGCCGAUGUCACCGGAGCGCGGCGGGCAGGAGCGGCCGGAGAGUCAUGAAGAAGAUGACAGAAAAGUAAGGAGGAGAGAAAAAAAUCGAGUUGCUGCACAGAGGAGCCGGAAGAAGCAAACUCAGAAAGCAGAUAAACUUCACGAGGAAUAUGAGUCUCUUGAGCAAGAAAAUACCUCCCUGAAAAGAGAAAUUGGAAAGCUAACAGAUGAAAUGAAACACUUGAGUGAAGUGUUGAAGGAUCAUGAAAAGAUCUGCCCACUACUGCACUGCACCAUGAACUUUAUGACCAUACCAAGGCCUGAUGCACUUGCCAGCUGCCUACCAAGAUGACUGCUCUCCUCCAUCACCUCUAAAUGCGAUGUGUAGAAGUGCCAUUAACAGGAGGUUUGAAGAACUGCCUACUUAGUGUGCAGUUCUUCCAUCAAAGAGGGCUGGACUCGACCACGCAGCUCUU